AUGGAACAGGAAGACAUGACACAUCUGCUGGGGAUUGAGUUCGCCCCUCUCAAUAUUCCAUGGGAACGGAGACUUCAAACUCUCGGCGCUAUACAUUUCUUUAUGGUUUCGCUAUUACUGCCUCUGUUAACACUUUUGUUUCCUAUUUAUAUGCUAUUCUCGUGCCUGUGGCCUUUGGUUGCAGCAUAUUUUGUUUGGUUGUAUUACGACUGGGAUUCACCGAAGCGGGGGGCAUACCGUUCUAAAUGGUUCAUGCGUCAACGCAUCCAUAACUGGUACGCCAACUAUUUCCCUGUGAAGCUGCACAAAACUGAAGAAUUAAGCCCAGAGGAGAAUUAUAUCAUAGGAAGUCACCCCCAUGGAAUUAUAUCAAUGGCGGCUUUUGUUAAUUUUGCAACGAACGGGACAGGAAUAUUGGAAAAAUUCCCUGACAUCGAAUUCCAUUUGUGCACGUUGGUUGGACAGUUCUACACGCCAUUUAGACGGGAAUGGGGACUUCUACACGGAAUGAUCGACUGUAGUCGACAAAGUCUCACCUAUGUGCUCAAUGGCACGAAGGGAAAAGCCUGUGUCUUAGUUGUCGGCGGGGCAGAGGAAGCUCUUGACGCACAUCCUGGUCACCACAUUUUGACGAUUUAUAAGCGGAAAGGGUUCAUUCGUCUGGCCCUGGAAACUGGUGCAAAUCUUGUUCCAUGUUAUUCAUUCGGAGAAAACGAAAUAUACCAUCAGGCUGAUAAUCCGAAGGGCUCAACAAUAAGAAUGAUUCAAACAACGCUCAAGAACAUUCUUGGCUUCUCUCCACCAAUCUUUCAUGGGAGAGGUGUUUUUAACUACAAUUUCGGACUACUUCCUUACAGGAAGCCAAUCAACACUGUAUUGGGAAAACCUAUCAAAGUGAAGAAAACAGAGCAUCCAACUCAGGAGCAGAUUGACGAAUUGCACAAGGCCUACAUCGCGGAACUGCAGAAGUUGUUUGAGAUUAAUAAAACGAAAUAUGGUGUUCCACCUCAGACACAGCUGGUACUGCAAUGA